CGCACUCUGACCCAAGCUCUAACCCCGAGUCCUCGAGGACCUGCGCUAGGGGCCGUCCAUGUCCUCGCCUUCCGAUUCGUCUUCGCUCGCGCUUUUUUCCCCGUCGUCGGCGUCGGCGUCGCUCCCGGUCCUCAUUCGUCUUGCAACUUAAUCCCCGCGCAUUUGUCGCCCGUCCCCGAUCGCCUCCUCCAUUCUGCUCCAUGUGAAUUGUGAUUUUCGGAUCUCGCGCUCUCUGGCCGGCAGUGCUCUCCUUGUGCGAUUUUUGGAUUUUCGCGAGUGUCACGGGGUUACUUAACCUCGCUUAAAUGUAUCCGUGCUCUCAGCUCUCUACUUUACGUUAAGGACCUAUAAAAGGGUAUCGACAUGUGGGUGCCGACACUGGUCUUCCUUGCCAUAAUCGAAUUGGCAAGGGGACAGAAACGGCUCACAGGAGGGAUCACGCCCUUGGAGGACCCUCACUCCGUCGGCGUGGAGAUGAGCAACUCGGAGCUGUCGGUGGUGAUGCCUAACCGGUUGACGCGGCAGGCGCAGGCGGCGCGACUCGGGAACGAGAUCGCCGAACACGCCCGGAACCACCGCGUCGGACUCCGGAACCUCCAGGUCAACUGCGAGAAGGACUCCGCCAGCAUUUUCGUCACCAUCGAGUUCGAGGAGCCCUUCGACGGCGUCGUCUACAGCAAAGGCCACCACGAGGACCCCAAUUGCAGGUUUGUCUUGCCAGGAAGUGGACAAACCCUGUAUCAAUUCGAGGUGCCAGUGAAGGAAUGUGGGACAAAACCAUCCGCCGGAGAGUGCAGGUCGGGAUCCUGCGGAAGGGGCCAUUCCAUCGAAAAUACUCUGAUCAUCCAGACGGAUGAUGAAGUACAGGAAGCGUGGGAUUUAGCCAGACGCAUAUCAUGUCCACGAAGUGAGAACAACAACGAUAAACGAGUUCACUUCAAACCGAUCACUGUGAACAUGUUGGAUGUUGUCUCAGUCCCUACUGGCGAUGGAUUAAUCGAUUGCUGGAUGGAUAUCCAAAGGGGUGAAUAUCCCAAUCUUUCAAACAUCAACGAAAUCAUUAAAAUCGGCGAGACGCUCUCUGUUCUAAUUUACAUCAAGGAUGCUGAAAAUCGUUACGAUGUUUCAGUCAGAGACUGCUGGGCCUACGACUCAGAGGAUUAUGAGAGUCCGAAUACCGUCAAACUUCAACUGACAGAUGCGCAAGGUUGUCCAAAGAAGAAGAAGCUCAUCCAUUUUUGGAACAAAGAUAUUAAAGAAUCAGAAAAUGGCAACACGAUUAUUUCCUACAACAAUUUGACUGCCUUCAAAUUUCCCGAUCGACAACAAGUGUUUCUUACGUGCAACAUUGAGUUAUGCGAGGGAGCCUGCAAUCAACCCAUUUGCGGCCAAGAUGAGCUGCCAUCGAAGAUACCUAACUGCUACCCGGGUUCACCUGAUCCACGUUGUCAAUCUACACAACGUCCAGUACAGCCAAAUUGUUAUCCAGGAUCACCAGAUCCUGGCUGUAAUGUUGAUCAACCAAUUUUCCCGUCAUAUCCACCUCCCACGGUAAUGCGACCGACCAAACCACCCACAUGUUAUCCGGGGUCUUUGGAUCCUCGGUGUCCAGUAUCGUCAAGACCUACAACUUCAAGAUAUCCACAGAGUCCUGAUUGUUAUCCUGGGUCACCAGACCCAAGGUGUCCACAGACACCCAGACCAACUUCUGCACCAACGCCAUAUCCACCAGCAUCGACACCCCAACCAAUAUUACCCCCAGUGUGUUACCCUGGCGUAUUAGACCCCAGAUGUCCACAGCCUCCUAGGCCCACCCCGACCCAACCACCCCAGUGCUACCCCGGAUCGCCAGAUCCGAGGUGUCCACAAACACCAAGACCCACUCCUGCGCCUACGCCGUAUUCUCCACCGUCAUCCCCAAGACCAACUCUACCCCCUGUAUGUUACCCUGGAGCAUUAGACCCCAGAUGUCCACAGACUCCCAAGCCCACACCUACCCAACCGCCACAGUGUUAUCCUGGGUCACCAGACCCAAGGUGUCCCCAGACACCUAGACCAACUCCUAAGCCUACACCGACGCAGCCUCCACAAUGUUAUCCUGGAUCUCCAGACCCUAGGUGCCCGCAGGCACCCACACCAACUCCGGCACCUACCCCAUAUCCUCCGGCUACAUCACCCCAGCCCCCCGUAUGUUACCCUGGGUCUCCGGAUCCCAGAUGUCCACAGUCUCCAAAACCCGCCCCACCGCAACCUCCUCAAUGUUACCCUGGAUCAGCAGAUCCCAGAUGUCCACCGUCUCCUAGGCCAACACCGACGCAACCCCCACAGUGUUAUCCUGGAUCACCAGAUCCUAGGUGCCCGCAGACACCCAGGCCUACUCCGGCGCCAACGCCGUAUUCCCCGCCGUCAUCCCCAAAACCAACUCUACCCCCCGUAUGUUACCCUGGAGCGUUAGACCCUAGAUGUCCACAGACUCCUAAGCCUACUCCGACCCAACCUCCACAGUGUUAUCCUGGAUCUCCAGACCCUAGGUGCCCGCAGACGCCCAGACCUACUCCUGCUCCCACCCCAUAUCCUCCGGCUUCAUCACCCCAACCUCCUGUUUGUUACCCUGGAUCUGCAGAUCCCAGAUGUCCACAAUCUCCUAAGCCUACUCCGACUCAACCCCCACAGUGUUACCCUGGAUCACCAGAUCCGAGGUGCCCACAAACACCAAGACCUACUCCUGCGCCUACACCAUAUUCCCCGCCCUCAUCUCCACGACCAACUCUACCUCCCGUAUGUUACCCUGGAGCAUUAGACCCCAGAUGCCCACAGACUCCUAAGCCUACACCUACCCAACCACCACAGUGUUAUCCUGGGUCACCAGACCCGAGGUGUCCCCAGACACCUAGACCAACUCCCAAGCCUACACCGACGCAGCCUCCACAAUGUUAUCCUGGAUCUCCAGACCUUAGGUGCCCGCAGGCACCCAGACCAACCGUGGCGCCUACCCCAUAUCCUCCGGCUUCAUCACCCCAGCCCCCCGUAUGUUACCCUGGGUCUCCGGAUCUCAGAUGUCCACAGUCUCCAAAACCCGCCCCACCGCAACCUCCUCAAUGUUACCCCGGAUCACCAGACCCGAGGUGUCCACAAACACCAAGACCUACCCCGGCGCCUACGCCGUAUUCCCCACCGUCAUCUCCAAGACCAACUUUACCCCCCGUAUGUUACCCUGGAGCAUUAGACCCUAGAUGUCCACAGACUCCUAAGCCUACACCAACCCAACCUCCACAAUGCUAUCCUGGAUCUCCAGACCCUAGGUGCCCGCAGACACCCAGACCAACACCGGCGCCUACCCCAUAUCCUCCGGCUUCAUCACCCCAGCCCCCUGUAUGUUACCCUGGAUCUGCAGAUCCCAGAUGUCCACCAUCUCCUAGGCCAACACCGACGCAAGCCCCACAGUGUUAUCCUGGAUCACCAGAUCCUAGGUGCCCGCAGACGCCCAGACCUACUCCGGCGCCUACGCCGUAUUCCCCACCGUCAUCUACAAGACCAACUUUACCCCCCGUAUGUUACCCUGGAGCAUUAGACCCUAGAUGUCCACAGACUCCUAAGCCUACACCAACCCAACCUCCACAAUGCUAUCCUGGAUCUCCAGACCCUAGGUGCCCGCAGACGCCCAGACCAACGCUUGCACCCACCCCAUAUCCUCCGGCUUCAUCACCCCAACCCCCCUUAUGUUACCCCGGAUCUUCAGAUCCUAGAUGUCCACAAACACCGAGACCUACUCCUCCGCCCACUCCAUAUUCUCCACCCUCAACACCCCGACCCGUUUCACCCCCUGCGUGUUACCCUGGAUCAUCAGAUCCUAGAUGUCCACAGACGCCCAGGCCAACUCUCCCUCAACCUCCACAGUGUUACCCAGGAUCAGCAGACCCCAGGUGUCCGCAAACACCGAGACCUACUCCUGCGCCCACUCCAUAUUCUCCACCUUCAACACCCCGACCUGUUUCACCCCCUGUGUGUUACCCUGGAUCAUCAGAUCCAAGAUGUCCACAGGCUCCUAGGCCAACCCCCACUCAACCUCCACAGUGUUAUCCAGGUUCGGCCAAUCUUAGAUGUCCCUCUUCGCCAUCUCCGUCGCCUUACCCUCCAGCAACAUCACCUAGACCAACUCUCCCUCCACAGUGUUAUCCGGGUUCGGCCGACCCACGGUGCCCUCCAGUAGCAAAGCCUACAUCUACAACUACACCACGGCCUCAGUGUUAUCCUGGAUCUACAGAUCCGAGAUGUCCCCAAACACCUCGACCAACUAUAUCGCCCACACCCUCACCACCACAAUGCUAUCCAGGCUCGGUGGAUUUGCGAUGCCCAAACACUCCAAGGCCGACGUUGCCACCUCAGUGUUAUCCAGGAUCUAAUGAUCCUAGAUGUCCUCAGGUACCACCAUCUUUUCCUACACCGUCAACGCCUCGACCACCUGUGUGUUACCCAGGUGCAUUAGAUCCGCGAUGUCCCCAGACUGCCAAACCAACGCCCCCACCUCAGGCUCCGCAAUGUUAUCCCGGUUCGCCUGACCCGAGGUGUCCACAAAAAUACCCGCCUACUCUUUCUCCGCCAACUUCGACUUUACGCCCAAUAGAAACGCCAGUUUGUUAUCCUGGGUCACCAGAUAAACGUUGCCCACAACCAAGUAGUAAACGGCCUCCAUCCGGAUAUUUACCACCCUCGGGAGAACCAUCCUCUCCUAACUGUUAUAAGGGGUCGCCAGAUCCUAGAUGUCUACAAACACCUCAACCCACUCAACCUCAAACUCCUUUAUCACUCGUAUGUUAUCCGGGAUCUUCAGACCCAAGGUGUCCUCAAACACCACAACCCACCGCUCCGUCAACAUCUCCUAGGCCGAAUUGUUACCCGGGCUCUCUUGAUGCUAGAUGUCCGCAGCCGCCAAGACCUACCCCUCCACCAACUAUUCAAACUCCAACUUGCUAUCCAGGCUCUCCAGACCCAAGAUGCCCUCAAACACCGAAGCCAACGAAACCUUCAAGUGUCACUCCUCCGGUCUGCUAUCCAGGAUCAACAGAUCCUAGAUGCCCACAAACUCCGCGUCCGACAUCUUUCCCAACGCCCGCACCACCUAACUGCUAUCCAGGAUCAACAGAUCCGAGAUGCCCACAAACACCGCGUCCGACAUCUUUCCCAACACCUGCUCCACCUAACUGCUAUCCAGGAUCAACAGAUCCUAGAUGCCCACAAACUCCGCGUCCAACAUCUUUCCCAACGCCUGCUCCACCUAACUGCUAUCCAGGAUCAACAGAUCCAAGAUGUCCUCAGACUCCCAAACCGACGUCCGUUGCGACUCUUCCCCCACCCAUUUGCUAUGUCGGAGCUACCGAUCCUAGAUGUCCUUCACCAAACUAUCCAACUGCAAUACCUUCAACUCAACCUUCCGUUUGUUAUCCCGGCUCUCCUGAUCCAAAAUGUCCUCAGGUCGGCACCCCACGGCCACCAUCAGGAUAUUUGCCUCCAGUGACAACCUCAACCGCACGACCACCCGCACCAGCACCUCCGAAUUGUUACCCAGGCUCCACAGAUCCAAGAUGUCCUAAAACCCCGCAACCAACUUUCAGACCCUCAUCAGCUCCUCCAUCCUGCUAUCCAGGUUCAUUGGAUCCUCGAUGUCCUCCACGCCCAUCUCCCCAGCCAAUACCACGGCCAACAGCUCCCCCCACAAUCGCACCGCCAUCAUGUUAUCCAGGUUCACCGGACCCUAGAUGCCCUCAAACACCUAGACCUGUAGUCCCAACGACACCUGCCCCACCAACUUGCUAUCCCGGAUCAAAUGACCCACGGUGUCCUCAAACACCACGACCCACAUCCCCUCCAUUAUGCUAUCCUGGCUCACCCGACCCGAGGUGCCCUCAAACUCCACGACCCUCAGCGCCUCCCACACCACCGCUCCCGUCAUGUUACCCAGGCUCAACAGACCCAAGAUGUCCCCAAACACCGCGACCAACUCUUCCACCUACAAUUGCACCUCCAUCCUGUUAUCCAGGAUCCUUAGAUUUAAGAUGUCCUCAAACGCCGAGACCCACUCCCCCAUCGACUAAAACACCUCCAUCUUGUUACCCUGGUUCAAAUGAUCCAAGAUGUCCUCAAACACUGCGGCCAACCUACCCACCACAGCCGUCUCCUCCAUCUUGUUACCCUGGCUCAACAGACCCAAGAUGUCCCCAGACACCACGGCCGACGGCUCCACCAACAGUUGCUCCCCCAUCAUGCUACCCAGGUUCACCAGACCCUCGAUGCCCUCAAACCCCACGACCCACAGCUCCAACCACGCCAGCACCACCAUCAUGUUAUCCAGGCUCAACAGACCCAAGAUGUCCACAAACUCCAAGACCUACAUCUCCUCCAUCCUGCUAUCCUGGCUCACCCGAUCCGAGAUGUCCCCAGACACCACGACCGACGGCUCCACCAACCGUUGCACCUCCCUCUUGUUACCCAGGAUCACCAGACCCUCGAUGCCCUCAAACCCCACGACCUACAGCUCCACCGACCCCAGCACCUCCAUCAUGUUAUCCAGGCUCAACAGAUCCAAGAUGUCCGCAAACUCCAAGACCCACAUCUCCUCCAGUAUGCUAUCCUGGCUCACCUGACCCUAGGUGUCCUCAAACACCACGACCUACAGUCCCACCCACACCAGCACCUCCAUCAUGUUAUCCAGGCUCAACAGACCCAAGAUGUCCACAAACACCAAAACCCACAUCCCCUCCAGUAUGCUAUCCUGGCUCACCCGACCCUAGAUGUCCCCAAACACCACGACCUACAGCCUCACCCACACCAGCACCUCCAUCAUGUUAUCCAGGCUCAACAGACCCAAGAUGUCCACAAACACCAAAACCCACAUCUCCUCCAGUAUGCUACUCUGGCUCACCUGACCCUAGGUGUCCCCAAACACCACGGCCAACAGCUCCACCCACAAUUUCACCUCCAUCAUGUUAUCCUGGUUCAUCGGACCCACGAUGUCCUCAAACACCUAGGCCCACCAUCCCGACAACUAUUGCUCCACCAUCUUGCUACCCAGGUUCAACAGACCCCAGAUGUCCCCAAACACCGCGGCCCACAGCCCCACCCACCGUAGCACCACCUUCUUGUUAUCCAGGCUCUCCAGACCCAAGAUGUCCCAAAACUGCAGCACCCACCCCUCAGCCGACAUCUCGCCCCAAUUGUUAUCCUGGGUCGUCUGAUCCAAGAUGCCCCCAAACUCCACGACCUACACCUCCAACUGCCUACUUACCUCCUGUUAUGACACCGUUUGUUUGUGUUUGUAACGGAACGACUGCAAGACCAGAAAUACCUCCUUUGUGUUACCCAGGCUCUACAGAUCCACGGUGUGGUCCACCACCAUCAGCAACUUUGCCCCAACCUAAUUUGAUCCCUUCCGCCUCUAAAUGUUACCCUGGUUCGCCUGAUCCUGAAUGCUCAGUUUAUAACACCGGUAUCUCAUCUAGUCCUGUAGACAAUACUCCAUCAAAUUGUUACCCCGGAUCACCUGAUCCGAGAUGUCCAAAACCGAAUCGACCACCGAACAACUUUGUGCCGGCAACUUAUUUGCCACCUUUGUCUUCAAAACCCGUAAACUGCGUUCCAGGCAGUGCGAGUCCAGAAUGUAAUGAAGUAAUAACAGACGAUGCCACAGGAAGUAGGCUACCGAACUGCGGGCCUGGAAGUCAAGACGCAAGGUGUUUUGGAAACACAGAUGAAUCCGAAGAUGGAUCAAAUAUUUCCCCAGAUCUCGUAGGAUUUAAGAAAGGAGUUUCUUCUUCAAACUCCGAACUAUCCGAUGAUGAUGAUUAUCACAGAAAAGACGAAGAUCCAAGAUAUCAUGCUUUUCACUCGUUUCUUUUUGAACCUCUAAAGCAACGGAGGAGCAAGUACGGACAGCGGCAGGUGCAAGACGUGCUGAAUUUGUUGAAAAGGGAAGUAGAGCAAGAGAUCGGUGCUGACAACGUCCGUGGCCUCGAACAACUUGAGGAUGAACUUAUUCGAGAACUGAACGGUUCAAGCUAGCUUCGAAAUGAAAAAAAAAUCGUUUGACGUUAAUCAAAUUUUUUGACUGAAUUUUAACCUGCUAAGGGCUCUUGUGUAAAACCCUCCAUCUUAUCGGUUUGUUUUAGAACUGAAAUUUGGAGAUUGAUGCCUAUCGAUGCGCGGUGGAACUAUCAAAAAGCAAGUCCCAAUCUCUCAAGUUUCAAAUUUUCUGUCAUAAUUUAUUUUUAUGACGAAAAGUUGGCCAUCAUUUCAUUUAAACCUUUUUUAUUGUUUUAAUUUUUUAGGUUCUUUCUGAUUCUUGCCUCUGAAUGAUGCGCAGAGAGUUUUCUAGGAUUAUUUCAGUUUGUUCCUAUCUUUGAAAAACAAAGUAGGGGCUAACAUUUUGAAGCACUGAGAAUGAAUGCAGGAUCAAUUUUUAUAGUUCCACCGCUUUAAAACAACACUGCUCUCAAACAAUGCCAAGCAAAUAAUAAUCACAUUGUUAAGUUGGUAGCUUCAGGAAGUCAAAUGUAUCAAGUCUUGUGAUAGGUUUACCUAUAUAUCUCUUGGUGUGCUGCAACACAACAAAUUAUAAAUACCUUUCUGCCCGUCCGGCUCAUUCAAGUUUCUGAUGGUCUGUGCUAAAAUAAUUUAAAUGCGCCCCUAGCUAAGCAAUAAUGAUUCCUCGUUCGAUACGAGUGUGUCGUUGCUCAAUUAUUGCAGAUAAGAUAUAACUGGCUAAAAACGUAGAAUUUACCUAUGAAUAAUAUCCUCUACCCAUUCUUCUGAAUGUAGCACAAA